UUUCUUAUUUUCACUUGAUUUAUGCUUAUAUGUAAAGCUUUCAAUAGUUGUAAAGGUUAUUGUCCGGAAUUUUUGUAGUUUUUCCUAUUUACAUACUGUAUUUUACCUUCCUUUAAUCCUUUGAAACUACCAAUUUAUAAAAGCUUCAAUUAAGAAACAAUGGCAAAACGAACUGCAGAAACUGAAUUAAAUCACGAUAAUUGGGAUAAUGAUGAAAAUUCUGAAGAAGCAGGGACCUUCAAGAGAGUUUCUGACAAUGAAUUAAAGAAGCGAAUUAUAAGAAAAGCUAAAAGGAGUUAUGGAGGCACAGCAUCAACGAGUAAUAGUCCAUUUCAGGGAUCAAGUCCUUUUGCUGCUUUUUCUGGAUUUGGUGCUACAUCUACUCCAUUUAGUUUUGCUAAGACAGAUGACAAUAUUUUUAGCGAAGAAAGUCGUGUAAAGAAAUUCAUAAAAGAAAAUAUUACUAAAAUUGAAAAUGGCAAAUCUGAAAUAAAAACUGAAGGAAGCACCACAGAAACUCAAUCCCCCGAUACCACAUCUACUGCCACAUCUUCUAAUACCACAUCAUCUAAUACUACUACUUCUAUUACCAGCAAACCCUCACGGAGUGUAGAAUAUUAUCGUCAGUUGCAGAGCUUAAAUGAAAGUGUUUUAAAGUGGAUGCAAUUACAUUUGGCAAAAAAUGCCUACAGUGAUUUUACACCUGUUUUUAAUGACUAUAAAAAACAUAUGGAUACUCUUAACGUUACAUAUCCUGUAAAAAAGAAUGAAGCAGUAGUUAAUGCAGAUAAAGGCAGUAGUUUUUUCAAAACUCCUUCUUCUGUGCAGAAAAAAGAUGCAGUAGAUUCUAAUGGGAAAUCUGGAUUGGCCUUAAAUAGUGCUCAGAAGGAUGAGACUGAUUACGGAGCAAAUUUUUCAGCUAGGACUACAAAUACGUCAAGUGUUAGCUUUGGUAUGAAAUUAACUCCUACAGCAACAUCUUCAAACACAUCAAGGCCUGCAUCUAGCUCAAAAGAAGAAGAGAAAGCACAGGAGCAAAAACCUUUUCAGUUCUCAUUUACAGCUGCUCCUAAAACGGAGGAUUCAAGUGCUUCAAAAGGUUUUAGCUUUGCUGCAUCAGUUGCUGCUGCUGCAAAAAAUUCUGAAACAGCUGAUGCAACAGAAGAAAAAGAUUAUGAACCUCCUAAGAAUGAGUUUGUGAAAGUAUCUGAAGAAGAUGCUCUAUAUUCAAAAAGAUGUAAGUUGUUUUUCAAGAAGGGUGAGGGAUAUGCGGAUAAAGGAGUUGGUACACUUUAUUUAAAAUCUUUAGAAGGAAAGACCCAGUUGCUUGUACGUGCUGACACCAGUUUAGGUAAUAUAUUGCUCAACAUCAUUCUGACUGCUUCCCUACCAAUGUCCAGGACUGGUAAAAACAAUGUGUUACUGGUUUGCAUACCUAAUCCACCAGUGGAUGCCAAAAAGACAGAUUCCCAGGAGGCUAUUCCCAUGCUGAUAAGAGUUAAGACAGCCGAAGAUGCUGAUGAGCUGUUGGAAGCUCUUAACAAACACAAGUCUUGAGAUGGACUGAUGAUUUUAAUUGUAACUAGUUUCUUCAUUCCUCUAAAGUUGAUACAUCAUAAUGUGUUUUCUUUUUAUGUAUGUGUAAAGACUGUCAUUGUUAAAUAAAUUUUUUGAUUAUA